GCGGUGUUGGAGAGCACGUGGCCCUCCAGCACCAGAGGAGGGUACUUCCUGUGGAUGAAGCUGAGAAAUGUAGUUCUGGGAGUGGCCCAGUUCAAACAGGCCCUACGACGACAGGCUGCCCACACACAGAGUCCUCUGUCAGAUGGCAGCGACCUGGACGCUGUGAGUCACGGCAGCCUGGAUAGCUCUGCCGACACUAACCUGGCCCCCUUCGCCUCUGACUCGGCCAAAGUAGACCCCAUUGACGAUAAAUCUAGCACAGUCGGCCGGGGGAGCAGCAGCGUGGGCGCCAGGGCCCCGGUGGCGCACUCACACUGGGGGGGCUCUGAGCUCAGAGAAGCUACCCACAACCCAGGGGAUCAAUCGGAUCUGGGUUAUAACUCACUGUCCAAGGAGGAGGUCCGGAGAGGAGACCCCGGCGCUCCGGACUCCAAAGAUGACAAGAAGGAGAGCGACUGCAGCUCCUUGUCAGAGACAGAGAGUGCCAAGGGGAGCAAAGACUGCCUCCCUCAGCUGGACAUGGAGCUCCACUCGUCCUUCAAACCCCGCGGCAUUGUGCGCAGCAGCUAUCCGUAUGACGAAGCCUCCUGUAAGCCCAAGAGCUCCGUCAGCGCGGGCCAUGUUGCAGGCCUCCUCUUUUCCUCCUCCCUGGACGACAUCGGUGAGGUCCAUGGCAACAGAUUGCUCAGGAAACACAGGAGUGCUCUGGAGGAGGUGGUGGGCAGCGCCGGCAGCGGCUCUGCUCUCGACUGGCAGGGGGGGAGGGGCCGCCAGCUGAGCGGGGACACGGUGGGCAGCAGCGGCACCACUGUCCUGGGCCUGGGGAUGAGCCAGGGGGAAACAGACCCAGAUAAGAUCGCGGGACACAUGGGCGCGGACGUCAAAAUUCUCUCUGGUGCCAAAUUCAGUCAGAGUAAGAGACCUCGUUCGCUGGCUCUGGGCGGGAUAGAGGGGGCGGCUGCUUCCAGAAGUCUUGAUCACGGGGAGGAAGAGGAAGAGGCGGAGGGACAGGACUCCAGUGAUGAGGACAGAGGUAACACAGAGGCCAUUUUUGAUUUGGAGGAUCUGGAUUUAGACAAGCCUGCCACAGGGGCUGGCAUCAGCUCACACAAAUGUAAUAAGAAACCUGUCGGACGCAGCGUGAGCUACGGGGGCGUGAGCUACGGGGGCGUGAGCUCCAUGACGACCAGAGGAACUGUGAAGCGCACAGACAUACAGACGGGCUACGACCCUCUGAGCCUCCUGGUGGCAGAGACACAGUCCGAGGAGCAGAGUGAGGACCGGUACCCAGAGGGGGACGAGGACAGCACUCCCAGCGCCCGAAGGCACCUGGCCAGAGAGAUCGAGCUCUACAUGAACCACAUGGGCAGCCCGCUGAGCAGCAGGACCCCCAGCAUGGACCUGCAGGAAUCCGCCAGCCCCCUCCUCCUCCACCCCUCCUCCCUCUCAGCCCCCCGCAGAGCCAGCCUGCCCCACAGCUCCCCCCUCAGGGCUGUUGGGAUGCCGCGCUCCUGCACCUUCCACCCGCCCUCGCCCUCCCAGUCCGUCUCACGCCAGCGCCUGCUCUCGUCCCCCUCCUGCCACAGCUCCAGCACCACCCCCAGCGCCAGCCCCCGCCCCAGCCCCUACAGGGAGAGGACGGACAGGAUGAGCCUGGCGUCGCCUUCCCCCUCCUCUUCCUCUUUCGCUCUGGACACUCUGAUCACACCAACGCUCGAUGUAUUCAAGACCAGCAUGUUCUCCGCUGGGAAGGGCGUGGCAGAGAAGGCCAGCCGCUGGUAUUCCCGCCUCUCCACAUACACAACGCCUACCAAGGACGGUCACAGUGACCGCCUGAGUAUUUCCUCCCUUGGCUUUGGAGAUCCAGACUGCGCCUCGCUGCUGGAUGACGAGGACUGUGAUGGCUCCUUGAUCUCUCCACAGAGGAACGGCCCCUCAGGGCCCCGCAGGAGCCCCCGACGCAGCCCCCUGCGCAGCACACAGCACAGCCCCUCUGCCGGCCACAGCCUGGGCAGACCCACAUCUCUGUUCCCUGGAUGUGUGCUCUCCCCCCCCGGCUUCCCUCUGCCAGACAGGUCGGACCUCGGCUCUUCACGCUACACCAGCAGCACCAGCAUCUUCAACAACUAUGCCAUGGAGCUGCUGAUCUCCAGCUGUUCCCGCUGUAAGACGUGCGACUGCCUGGUGUACGAUGAGGAGAUCAUGGCAGGCUGGACUGCGGACGACUCCAACCUGAACACCACCUGCCCCUUCUGUGGAAACCCCUUCCUGCCCUUCCUCAACGUGGAGCUCAGGGACAUGCGAGGCCCCGGCAGGCUUUUUCUGAAGGGCAGCCCUUCGGUGGACGAGGAGAUGACCUCGUCGUACUCCACCUCCACGGGUUUGGACACGGGGACGUCCACCUUGUCCACCCCGUGUCCUAAAACAGCUGCCUUUCCUCCCUCCCCUGGGAUCGCUGUCCAGGAGUGCGCCGGGAGUGGAAGGACUCCAUCGACCAAUGCUGAAGGUAUCAACAUCCCGUCUGACCAGCGGCAGGAGGGUCCGUCCCCCGGGGGGCACAUGGCCCGCAGCAUCAGCACCUUCUGUCCCCAGGACGGAGCACCAACAAUUAACCACCGUUUGCCGGCGUCAGGCAGCCUGCCCAGCCGUCUGAAUGAAGCCACAGACCCGCUGAAUAUGGAGUGGCGGCUCCACAACCCUGAGCCGGUGACGGUGCCCUACCUGAGCCCGCUGGUGCUGUGGAAGGAGCUGGAGAGCCUGCUGGAGAACGAGGGCGACUCGGUGAUCACCGAGGCCGACAUGGUGGACCAGCAUCCCAUCAUCUACUGGAACCUGGUCUGGUACUUCAGGCGCCUGGACCUGCCCAGCAACCUGCCCGGACUCAUGCUCACCUCGGAGCACUGCAACAGAGGCUCCCAG